AAGUCCGCGUGAGAGAAGUGACAGGAGCCUGACGCAUACACGCGCGCACACAUACACAACAUUUUAAGUCCACGGGUUAACCUGCACACACGCGCACCUGCCCCCUUUUACCUGAGGCACACCUGUCCGCAGAGUUCAUGUGCGACAUCUACAGCCUGGACCCCCACUGCGUGUCCCCACCAUGCGGCAUGAGCUGGGCCAUGGAGCCGGCUAACUUCUACGAGAACUCCAAACUGGGCGGCCCGCAGCUCGGGUUCUGCAAGCCGGGGAACGCGGCGGAGGAGGGCGGAGGCGGCGGAGGCGGCGGCGGCAGCCUGGUGGAGCUCAGCAGCACUCCGGCCAUGUAUGACGACGAGAGCGCCAUCGACUUCAGCCAGUACAUCGAGUCCAUGACGGCGGUGCCGAACCUGGAGCUGUGCAACGACGAGCUCUUCCUGGACCUGUUCAACACGGUCAAGCAGGAGAAGACGGAGCUGUUCGGGCUGCACGGCUCCGCGCUGCAGCCCGCCGCCACCGCGCAGCCCUUCCCCGGGGAGCGCCGGCCGGACGCCGUCCCGGACAGGACUCUGUUCCCCGCUCCCAUCAAGCAGGAGUCGGACUGGAGCGACAGCGACGUGUCGUCGUCCCUCCCGUCCCAGAUCGAGACCUGCGCUCAGACCUCCGUCAGCCUCCCCACCGGGCAGCCCACCCCGCCGACCAGCCCGGAGCACGGCGGCGGCGGCGGCUGCCCGGCGCGCGCCCCCUCCAGGAAGCUGUCGCGGGACAAGGCGGGGAAGAAGUGCGUGGACCGGCUGAGCGUGGAGUACCGGCAGCGGCGCGAGAGGAAUAACAUCGCGGUGAGGAAGAGCCGCGACAAGGCGAAGCGGAGGAACCUGGAGAUGCAGCAGAAACUGAUCGAGCUGAGCGCGGAUAACGAGCGGCUCCACAAGACCAUCGAGCAGCUCAGCAGGGAGCUCAGCGGACUCAGAGACUUCUUCAAGCAGGUGCCCGGCGCCUCCUUCCCGGCCUCCGCGGCCACGGAGAGCCGGUGACCCUCCGGACAGGACUCAGCUCCGGGAGACAUACCUCACAGACCCUUACCAUCUGUACCAGAUGUAUCUAAGCUUACCAUAAUGGCACUGGAAAUUAUAGGAAAACACUUACGUCGUUGUUUUUUGCCAUAUUUUUUGUGGGAUUUUGUGUAUUAAAUUAUUUUACCACUGCAUUUACAAGACGUUAUUAUAUAUACACACCUGACAUGGUACCUGUUUUUAUAAUUCCAGACUUUGUAUAAGAGCCAGAGCAUGAACUUUUCUAUAGUUUGUACUGAACCAUUUGUUUAUGAAUGUGUAAUAAAAGAAAAAAAGCUGAAAGCAGCACAGA